AUGGACGUCCCACCACGGGUCAAGCUGAGCAACGAAACGUUUGUUUUCCUCGAUGGCAAGUGGGUGAAUGAAACUUACAUUCAAUCAGCCAUCACUUCCUAUCCAGAAACUCCCCAGAAACACGUUGGCAAGAAGCUACGUAGCGACUGGACUCUCUGGGAAGAGAACAAAGCCCUUUGGGAAGAGAACCAGGCCCUGCGGGUGGAGAACCGGGCCCUCCGGGAAGAGAACCGGGCGCUGCAGUGCUUGCGGAUGGAGAACAAGGGCAUUCAAGUCAUUUAUGACGAAAGUCUGCAGCAAGUCCUUCAGCAAGACAAGACUCUAGAAGGCCUUCCGAAAUUAGGACUCCAGAACAGUUUAGAAAACAAAGCCCUUCAAGUUCUCCGGGAAGAGAACAAAGCCCUCCAGGUCUUUCGGGAAAACAAUAUGGCUCUGAAGAUCUUCCCAGACAAAAUCUUCACUGAGAAGAAGAAACCAAUACCAGUUCUCCAGAAGGAAAAACUCACCGUUCAGUUGUUAGGGACAGACGAGCCCGCAGUCCCGGAAACCAGCAAGGCUGUUACAGUUCAAGAAAAUAACCCCAAAGCUACCCUUUCCCAGCCAGUUAAAAUUGUUCAGGAAAUUCAGGAGGACAGCAGGUCUUUGCCAGUCCUGGAAAGAAACAAAACUACCGUGUCUCCACUAGAGGAGAACGAGCCUCUCCUAGCUGUUCAGAAACUGAACCAAAUUAUGCUGUCCCUCCUCCGAGAGAAACAGGCACUUCUGGAAGAAAAAGAGGCCUUCCAAACACGGCAAGGAGAUAACAAAAUACUCUGGGAGGAGAACAAUAAACUGAAGUUGCAGCAGAACGCUAUCAAAGGGGCUAUUAACAAGAUUGCUGCUCAGGUGGACGUGCUGCAGCAGGAGCUGAGCGCCUUGGCGUUCCUGCAGGAGGCAGAGAAUGAAACGAAGAAGCUGGAGACAUGCUGA